UCCCACUUGGAAGAUGGCUUGUUUUUUACACGAAGUUGCAUUGCAGUUUCUUUUGAAAACGGAUGACAGCGUUCCCUCAAGGAGAUUUUCAAAUGUUACCAUAAAAGAAUGCAAUGCCAAGGGGAAAAGUCGUUUUUCAAACGCAUAUGUCAAAUAUGAUUCGGGAUUUGGCGUUCCACUGUUUUUAUUUUGGCAAGAUUCCAUUUGCAAAUUAAUGGAAAGGAAAAUAAUAAAGGAUGAAAACAUAAGAGACGAUAAAAUUUUUGAGGAUCUUAUCAAUUUUCUUGAAGAUGAGAAUAACAGAAAACAUCUUAUGAAAGUCACUAGUGCAGGGUCAGAGUCUGAACUUCAGUCUAUUUUGGCACAUCAUUUGUUCGCACCAUUAGCAUCAUCCUCAAAAUAUUUAGUGGAUGAAUCUAAAGCAUACUCUGAACAAUGCCCAGCAUGCAAGAAGAAAUUAAACUUGGGUGACACUUCAUUUGGACAUGCAGACUAUUGGCACGGGCUUACUGAUAUUCUUAUUGGUCGAAGUACUGUGAAAGUUGGAAAGGAUUUGGAGGAUGAAGAAAGUGUUGAUGGCAGUAUGGGUGAACCAUCACAUAAAUAUAUGAGAAGAAAUAAUGGACAGAAGUUUGGAUCAUCAAGAGAUACAGUAGAUUCAGAUGGAGAUUCAGAUUGCAGUUCUGUAUCAGUACAUUUGAAUGAACAAAGGGAUCAUUUACCACAAAUAUUUUCUCAAACUAUAACAAAUGCAUUUUUUGAAUCAUCAAAAUGCUCACAAAUGUCAGAUUUGUUUAUCCCAUCCUUUUUUGCAACACCAGAUGUUGUUAGUAUUCAUAUGUAUAAUUGUGAGACAGAUAGGUUGUACACAUCUGAAAAUAUGAAAAUUUGGUCUGGUGAUAAUUAUAAUAUUGGCACAAUAGUUUGUAUUUGGUUAGCGCUGCACUUUGAGAGAUUUCAGAACAAAGUUCCUGAAGAAGAAUUCACCAUGAGAAAUGUUCCGAAAGCAAAUUUCAAGACUUUUGUUGGGGAUCUGUUGCCCAUUUAUGAGAAAAAUUUGACAAAACCCUUGAAGAAUUCAAAAGAAAGAAAUUCAUCUGAUAUUAACUUUGACAUGAAAUUUUUAUUGAUUGUAUCAGAAUAUUCAAAACAAAUGUCAGAAAAAUUGCAAAGGAUUCAAACUAUGUAUGAAAAGAAGCUACAAGAGUCUGAUGAUUCUAAAGAAAUUCCUUUUUGAGAUGAUGAUACAUGUUGAAAGCUGCAACCUAAAUAUGACAAAAUACAGAUUUUUUUUAUGUAAA